GAGGGAGUGGAAGGAAAAGGGAGGGUGAGCCGCACCGUAGCGAAGGAAACCCCAUCUUUUCUUCACCGUUAAGAGAGAGAGAAAAGAGAGGAUAUCGAGAGAAACAAAAGCAAAACCGCGGUGAGAGAUAUCGAAGACAAAAUCACAGCGCAUGAGCAAGAGAUCUCGAAUCUUGCUAUUUCCGCCGCCUGUUUAACCCCAAGAACUACUCGUUCCUCGGAAUAAGUUAUCCUUCCCCUUCAUCUCCUCCUCUUCUCCUUAAUCUCUCCUUCCGACCUCGCGGGGGAAAAGAAACGAUCCCUUCUAGGGUUAGGGUUAGGGUUUUUGCAUGAUUUAUACCUUUUGCUUCUGAUCGAUUCCGCCAAUCGGACCGAUCCGCAGUCGUUCCCGGCAGAUUCUUGGGGGUUUCUUGGUCGGAUUUGGGCUCCGAUGAUGGAAUCGUCCGGUGGGAACUCGGAUUCCUACAGGAGCCAGAGCGCCGGCAGUAGCGGAGGUUCUUCGAGGCGGUACGGGGUUCACUUCUCAACCUCCAACUUCAUCCAGGCGCCGCUGUCCGCGCUUUUGGAGUACUCCGGGAUCUUGCGCCCGAGAUCGAGUCACCAGGAGAACGAGAGCUUGAUCACUGGUAGUGGCUUGCGAAACCAUGUCUCAGGCCGGCUUGAUGAUUCUGCCGUCGCCGGUGCUGGCGGCGAUGGGGAGGUGUCGAUAAGGAUCAUCGGCGUUGGGGAUCAGGAGACUUUGAGAGUGGGUUCCGGCCAGCCGCAAGCAGUGGAUGUUCGUCCGGGGAGAGAGGGGAGUUCCAGUGGUAAUGGUCUUACUGCUGAGACGAUUCCGGCUAUAUCUGAGAGGCAGGGAGGUGAUGGUGGGAGUGAUGGUGGUGGGGUUGGAGAGGUAGCUUCUUCGUCAUCCUCUUCUCUGCCAUCAUCAAUGUCUGCGGUCGGUCCCCAGAACACGGAGGGUGAGGCGAAUGCUACAGGAGGCAACAACAGGGAUUCUUCGUACCAGAGAUACGAUAUACAGCAGGUUGCGAGGUGGAUUGAGCAGAUUUUGCCAUUCUCGUUGCUUCUAUUGGUGGUGUUCAUCAGACAGCAUUUGCAAGGUUUCUUUGUCACGAUUUGGAUUGCUGCUGUGAUGUUUAAGUUUAAUGAUAUUUUACGGAAUCAGACUGCUCUAAAGGGGGAGAGAAAAAUCUCUGUGCUUAUUGGGAUUACAUUAGUUUUCAUGAUUCAUGUAUUUGGAGUCUAUUGGUGGUACAGGAAUGAUGACCUUCUGUACCCACUGGUCAUGCUUCCUCCAAAGGAAAUACCACCUUUUUGGCAUGCAGUUUUCAUCAUUGUGGUGAAUGAUACUAUGGUGCGCCAGGCCGCUAUGGUUGUCAAGUGUGUGCUGCUGAUGUACUACAAAAACAGCAGGGGCCAUAACUACCGUAAGCAGGGUCAAUUGCUAACCCUUGUGGAGUAUCUCUUACUUCUGUACCGUGCUUUAUUGCCAACUCCCAUUUGGUACCGAUUCUUUCUAAACAAAGAAUAUGGCAGCCUCUUUUCAUCUCUCACUACAGGGCUCUACCUUACAUUCAAGUUGACAUCAGUUGUUGAGAAGGUUCAAUCAUUUUUUACAGCACUAAAGGCGUUAUCACAUAAAGAAGUGCAUUAUGGAUCUUAUGCAACAACAGAACAGGAUUUCUUUUAAAAUGCCUCUGCCAUUCAUUGAAGGAUGUUAAGGAAUUGUUACUGUCUUCAAAGAGUGAGGUGGGUGCCUUCACAGGUGAACUUAUUAGGCCCUUAGCCCAUUGUGAACAAAUCACUUUCCAAGAUAAAGGUGUGGUUUGAUUAUUAUUAUUUGCUCACGUAUGAAGAGCAAACACUGUUAUUACUUCUCCAAUCAGCAGGAUAGGCCUCAUUUAUUCUUUCUGUAAUAAGUUGCAGUUUUUAAAAAUGUUUGUCAUUCUCUUGAUUUAAAAUAGAUUAACCAUGGAUCAAGUUAUUGUGCACCGGUGCCUUGCCGAACUAGACUGGAACUGUACAUACCAUGCAUGUCAUGUUGUUGUGUCGGUGCUUGGCAUGCUCUGACACAAUUGCAUUCCAAGCACUAGCGUGGUACCUAUCAUGUUGUCCCAUGCGUUCUGACUGGCAUUCUAAUCCAUGAUUUUAGGUAGUAAAUGCUACUUCAGUUGGUUUGUCAAGUAGAUAAAUGAAGGUUCAAGAAUUUUCUAUACUGCCCCUGCAUACCUGUCGCAUCCUUAAGUUUGCCACAAAUCACGUUUGGAUAUCAUGAAAAAGGUCCAAAUGAUGCUGUAGAUGACUAUCAAAAUCUUGCUAACAAGAUGCCCUAAAAACGUUGUAGAUGUUAGAGAUUAGUUCUGUUUUUUGAGAGAAUCUGCAAAUUAAGAGUUUUGAACGGUAGAUCUUUUUAUACUUGAGAUCAUGUUUGUAUAUGUAGGUGAUUGUCAUUUAAGGGGAAAGAAAAAGGUUAGCCAGAAUAUGAAAUUUUAGUUGGUCAAGUUUGAGGUGAUGGUGUGUAUAAAGCUAAUUAUCUCAAAAAAAAAA